AUGUCCAAUAUGCUUCGGUCUUGGACAGGCACAACUACAGCUUUGCAUGGCCGAAUGGGCCUAAACGAGCCUCUACGACCGCUUCGCGACGAGUCUGUCUCGGACAUUUGGACUUUCAAUUGUUUCAUAAGCGUCGGCUUCGACUUCUCAGCCACAGCGUCUCCUGCCUACAUUUUCUUCUCUUAUGGGCACGAAAAUGCUUCCAAAUUGGCACUUAAGCCAGUCGUGUGCACUUGA